GAAGGAGAGCGAGCCAGGGAGCCGCCGUGCGGGGGGGCCGCCGCCUUCGCUGCCGGGAGGGGGGCAGCGCCGGUGAAAAGAGCGACGAGGCGGGAACGGGGGCCCAAGAACGAGAGCGAGCGCGAGCCAGGGAGGGGGCCACGGAAAAGGGAAGAGAAGAAGGAACGCUCGGGCUCCUGUCAGGCCGGCAUCCCCCCGCCCGUCCUCUUCCGCCGAUCGGCCUCCGCGCUUCCUCCGCAGCCGGAAAAUAAUCCCCCUCCUUCCUUCCUUUCCGCCUUGCCUGCCUUCUCGCGCGCCGCCCUCCACAGGCUCCGCCGCCGCCGCCGCCGCCAUGGCGCUGAAGAGAAUCCACAAGGAGUUGAAUGAUUUGGCACGUGAUCCUCCAGCACAGUGUUCAGCCGGGCCAGUUGGAGAUGACAUGUUCCAUUGGCAAGCAACAAUAAUGGGACCGAAUGACAGUCCUUAUCAGGGUGGGGUGUUCUUCUUGACAAUUCACUUCCCAACAGAUUACCCCUUCAAACCACCCAAGGUUGCAUUUACUACAAGAAUUUACCAUCCAAAUAUUAACAGUAAUGGCAGUAUUUGUCUCGAUAUUCUACGGUCACAAUGGUCUCCAGCAUUAACUAUUUCAAAAGUACUUUUGUCCAUCUGUUCUCUGUUGUGUGAUCCCAAUCCAGAUGAUCCCUUAGUGCCUGAGAUUGCACGGAUCUACAAAACAGAUAGAGAAAAGUACAACAGAAUAGCUCGAGAAUGGACUCAGAAGUAUGCGAUGUAAUUAAAGAAAUUAUUGGAUAACCUCUACAAAUAAAGAUAGGGGAACUCUGAAAGAGAAAGUCCUUUUGAUUUCCAUUUGACUGCUUUCUAUGAGCCCACGCCUCAUCUUCCCCGUGCACAUGUUUACCUGAUACAGCAGUGCUGCGUGUUGUACAUACUUGGAACAAUGAAAUACUGUAUUCCAUACCAACAUUGACUCCUAGCAAAGAAAUGUGUGUGAAAAGCCAGUUCUUCAUUCAAAGCCUAGUUGUGAGCAUAAAAGCAUUCCUAAAAGAUUUAAAUUGGGCACUAAAACCGAACGUGGUGGUGGUGGGAAAAGUAAACACGUUUCUUGUCAUCAGGGCUUUCAGUAAUUCAAAAGAAGUCUUUUUAACAAAGUGGAAUCCUUUUAAACUCAUAACUCUUAUGAAAAACUGAUAUGAAGAACUUAAACCUGUUUCUGUAUUUUAUUCUGAAGGACCUUCUGAGGUAAAUGUAUGACCAACAAGAUCAAAAUGUACCCACAUCCUGUGUUUAAAGGUCUAAGUUUAACUGGUCAGCAUUUAAAGGCACUGGAGCUAUUAGUGCAUCAAGUGAUGUUGAUUUUGUUUCAACUCUUCUUCCCCUCCUCUCCUUUCUCCCUUCAUAAUUUUGGUUUGUAUGUGUUUUCUCAGUUAACAUAGCUAAUAGCUCUUAUUUUCUUAAGUUUUUAAUUGCUUAGGUCUUUCUGGAUGUAAGGGUAAAAAUUCAUUUGACAGACUUGUGUAUAUUUAAAGACCCAGCUGCUCCCUUGGAGCUUGUACGUUCAAGAAUGAUUAAUCUGUGUAAUAAACUGAUUACUACAGUCAUUACAUAUAA